AUGAAUAGCCUGUUUGUAACAUUUCUUUUUCUUGCACUGAGCAGCUGCGGAGAUGCCAGAACUAAAAUCAGCGGGCGGAUAUUGGGUGGUGAUGACGCUAAUGACGGCUUAGCGCCAUAUCAAAUCUCACUUCAAACCGAUUUGUUAGGUGAUAAUCUUCAUAUAUGUGGAGGCUCCAUUAUAAGCGACCACUGGAUUCUACUCAAGGGAAACCGUGAAAAUGAUAUAGCCUUAUGUAAAGUGUCUACUAACAUCACCUAUGGAGAGAAAAUUCAACCAAUAAAAUUGCCUUCGAGUGAUGUUGAAGCCGGGAAAAAAGCUUUGCUUACGGGAUGGGGAUAUACUGAUUUUAAACACAACAGGACAGCCCCUGAUAAACUUCAAAAAGCGAUACUAAAAACUCGAACUCUAAAGCAAUGCAAUCGAAACUUGAAAGCUUUUAAAUCGAUCCUACCAAUUGAUAAAAAGCAAGUCUGCGCAUACGCUGGCAGAGGAACAGGAGGAUGCCCAGGAGACUCGGGAGGUCCAUUGGUAAUUAAUAGAACAUUAAUAGGAGUGGUUUCGUUUGGAGUACCAUGUGGUCAAGGUUAUGAUGAUGUUUUCACAAAUGUAUACGCUUACGUAGACUGGAUACAUGGGCAAAUGUGAAACUGUCAAAGCUACGAAGUAUUAAUUUUAAAGUUUGUAUUUAGUUUUAUUUAACUUUAUUAAUUAGUGUAAGUUUAAAAAUAAUACUGCGCAUUGCAGUCUGAGGGGCUAAAGAGGAAUCGAGGGAAGAUCUUCUAGAGGCUUCGGGGCUAGCCUCAUUGAGGCGGCCAUACAAGCUAGUGAUGACUAAGCUAGUCCCUAGGCCUCGCCAGCACUACCACUCUAGUACCGGUGUUCUUAGUUACGGUAGUCUCAGCGUUGUUCCCGGCUAACAGUUCUUAACGAGGGGCACUCUCUUACCAACUUGUUCAGGUUCUCACAGGUUGGAGAGAGGCAGGCAUUCCCCAUUUGUUACAAGUGAGGAACGCAUAAAGAAUUCGUGACUGUAACCCCGACAUUCUGUUAGUUGCCUUAAAAAAUCUUUUGUUGCAGCACAACAAAGCAAAGUCAAGUUGAUGAUAAACAUACAUAAAUAAAAAACUUAAAACAAGAUAUAAUAAUAUAUUUAGAUAAGUUGAAAUUACCUAGACGGUAUAGACUCGUACAU